GCGGAGGGGACGGAGGCCUCGGGCACCGGGCCGCGCGGCCUCUUCCCGCCAGGCGUCCCCAGCUGCCCUCGCUCCCGGGCCCCGCCAUCUCAUUUGCCGCCUUCCGACGCGUGACUCCGGCGCGCUCGCGUCCCGGGCCGGUGACAGGCGCGGGGUGCGCCCAGCGGCUCCAUGUGCCCCCUCCCUCUCGCGGCCGCCGCAGUCGCCGGGCCCCGAAGCCAGCUCCGGCUCCUCGGCAGAGGGCUCGCCGCCGCCAUGUCUACAGCCAGGCCCCUCAAAUCCGUGGACUACGAGGUGUUCGGGAGAGUGCAGGGUGUCUGCUUCAGAAUGUACGCAGAAGAUGAGGCUAGGAAAAUAGGAGUGGUUGGCUGGGUGAAGAAUACCAGCAAAGGCACUGUGACAGGCCAAGUGCAAGGCCCUGAAGAGAAAGUCAAUUCCAUGAAGUCCUGGCUGAGCAAGGUUGGAAGUCCUAGUUCUCGCAUUGACCGCACGAACUUUUCUAAUGAAAAAACCAUUUCUAAACUUGAAUACUCUAAUUUUAGUGUUCGAUACUAAUAAAAGAGAAAUAAAAAUUGUACUGCUUAUAAUGCAUAAUAGACAUUAUAUACUCUUAACUCUAGAUACUAGAAUAAUAGUAGCAGAGUAGGGUGAAAAAAGGAAAUUUCUGUUCUGAAAGCUACAACAUUGUAUAUGUUACUAAAAAUGUCUUACACUGAAAUACUUUAGCUCAACUAUGUUUCUAACAAGCAAAAAUUUAGUAUUCUAAAAUAAAAAAUGUCAUUACAAAAUAUUUAAUACAAAUAUUUAAACUUGUCUCAUGGAAUCUUUAAUUGUAAUGAAUAUUAUAGCAUACAUGUUAUUUGGCUAGACAUAAAAUAAUAAAGUUAACCAUUUAAACAUUA